AUUUCUGUCUUUGCAUUGUGUUGUGACCUUGAGGUGUUAUGGGAUGAUGUAUAAGUUGUUAUUUUCAAUUCAUCUUUGAAAAAUCAUCACUCAUCAUCUAGUAGUAGUUCCGUGAUACACAUAGCUAUGCCUAAUAUACAAACUAAGAUAAAUGAACCACAAUAUGAAAAUUGGUUAACUACUCAUCAAUUAAAAGUCGAUAAACAUCAUCUUGUUAAAUCAUCAUUUUUGGAUAUAACAUUCCCAAAUGUUAAUGGUUUACAACUUUCUACACGACGUGGACCUGAAGUAGAAUUAUACGAUGUAGCUGGAGUUCAUUUACUCUCAUCCAAUAAUAUAUCAUCAAUUAAUCAAGAUAAUAAAUAUUCUUGGUUUAAAUUUCAUCAAUUGAAAUCAUUUUUUAAGUUGAAACCAAUAACAUCAUUAUCAUCUUCAAUAGGAAAUAAUUCAUCAAUAAUUUUAUCAAAUCAAACUAUUAAUAUGAAAUCAAAUUCAUUGAGUAAUUUUAAUUAUAGUCAUUUACCAAUUAAAGUAUCACAAUAUACUUCAUCAAGUCAACAUUCAAAGAAGGAUAUGCAUAAUGACUUGUUAUUAUUACCAUCUUCACCAACAUCGAAUCAUUGUCUUAUUCAUCAACAAACUUGUCUAUUGAAUAUAAAAAAUCGUCUAUAUAAUUGGUUCACCUUAAAUUCAUCUACAAAUCAUUAUUAUAUAACACCGAAAGUUUAUAGAUAUUAUAAAAAUUAUUUCAUUUUAAAAUAUCGUCAAACAGAGAUAAAUGUAUUUAUUCUCCUUAAUUGUAUAAUUUGUAUUCUGUUUAUUUCAUCUUUAUUAAUCUAUCCGGAUAAUUUCUCUUCUACAUUAUCUUUAAUGAAGAAUAAUACUUUGUUAACAACACAUAGAAAUGUAUAUUUUCUAUCUAAUCCAUAUUUAACUUAUUCAAGUUUCAUACGUUUAAUCCUGUUAAUUAUUUCAAUAAUUUUACUUGUUCUAAGCAGUUUUUUCGCUAAUUUCCCCUGGAUUUCAUCAUCUUCUGGAUAUUCACAAACUAAACAUUCAAUAUUAUUGAAUAAUUUGUCAAAGGAAGCAAAUUCAUCCCAUAAAUCUUUAUACAAUAAUAAUAAUAAUAAUAAUAAUGUAAAGGAUAAUACUAUUCUUUACUCAGAAGGUCAAAAUGAUGGUAAUACUGAAGAAUUAGUGAAUUUAAUGAUAGCACAAAAACUUCGUAGAAAUCUUCAUUGGGCGCAUGGAUUAAGUUAUACAGCUUGUGUACUUCUAUGCUUAGCUAAUUUGCCUUGGUUUAAAUUGUAUCAAAACUCAUUAGAAGGGUUAACAAAUCUUCCAGUUGUUCAACAGUUCAAUUGUACUGCCUCUCCUGUUCCAUACUGGAAUGAUGGUUCUAUCACCUUCAUGAAUCAAGUAUCUAUUCUUCAUCACCAAGGUAAUGGUUUCAACGUUGAUCGUGCCAAACAGAUGAUAUCUACUGAUAACCUCUGGUCUCUUAUUCUCUGCAUUAUUCUUAUCCUAGGCUUAUUUGACAUUGAUACUAUCUGGCCAAAAUAUUGGCGUUAUGGUUUUACUAUAUUCAUGUCAAUGCUUUACUUUAUACUAACUAACAUCAAUUAUGGACUAACGUAUUUCGAAAUGAUGAAUUUAUCGAAUUUAUUGCUGAAUAAAACGUUGAACAGUAAUAGUUUACUGGUGAUGAAUUCAUCAUUGACAAUGUCAGCGUUAUCACCGUCAUCAUCAAUAUGUCCGUUAUGGGUUCAAAAGGCCACCUUCGUUCAGCCUAUAUCAUGGUGGACUGAUUAUAAAGGCAUAUUAUGGCGAAGUAAUCUAUCAACACUAUGUGCAAUAUUUUCUGCUCAUUUAAUUGGUCAGGCAAUUGCAAUAUGGACAAGUCAACAUCGUUAUCGGUUGUUUCUUACAGCUGGUUAUACUCAAGCUGUACUCUUUCGAUUACAAAUGACCGAAUCAAAACUGCAUCGAUUGGCCAAUUGUUUAGUUCCUGCUCCUUUAGCCAAUGACUUGAUGAAUGAUUUUAUAAAUGGACACUUGGCUUGGAGUUCACCGCUUGUCAUUUAUCUACGUAAUGUUACUUUUCUUAGCGCUGAACUAAUCGGUUUAUCAAAUUUAGGUUCUACUCUAUCCUCAUUAUCUCAGUCAAUCAAAUCAAAUCAUCAAUUAAUGAUUUGUCAACAAUUUGUUUGUUUUAUCAAUGAUAUAUUCAGUUGUUUUGAUCACUUAGCUCAAAAAGAAUCAUGUUAUCGUGUACGAUUGAAUGCUUAUGAAUAUUUAUGCAUAGCUGGUUAUCCGGAGACACGUGUAGAUCAUGCUAGAUCAUGUAUUGACUUAGGAUUGAAUAUGCUGAAGAUUAUUGCGGAGAUCAGUGAAAUUUCUCAUGUUCAAUUGGAAUUACGCGUUAGCGUGCAUACAGGCACUGCUUAUGCUAUUGUGCUUGGUCGUAGCCGGUUGGGUUUCGAUUUAAUUGGUGAUGAUGUCACUUAUGUUAAUCGGUUAAAGUAUGCUGCUUAUCGUCCAUGUCGUGUGCUUACUUCAAGAUCCACUUUCAAUCAAUUGCCUGAAGGUUUUCGUGGUGAAGCUGGUCCUAUCUUAGGCUUUCCUAAUCCAAGUGAAUCAAUGAAAUGUAAUGAGCCAACAAAAACUAUUGAAACCUACUUUAUACAACCGCGUAAUGAGUCCACUAAUAACCAAUCUCAGUCAGUGGAUGUGAGUGGAACACACGUAUCAAGCGAAUGGCCUGUAUUAACCAAUCUUGAUCCAAGUAUGGCAGGUACCAUAAUGACACGUUUAGCUUCUUCAGCUGCUGUUAUAUGUCGACAUGUCAACAGGAAUACUUUAUCGUUAGAUUACAAUGUCGCUGGUUGUAACAAUAACAGUAAUACUACUAAUACCAACAGUAAUAAUAAUAAUAAUAGUAGUAUGUUACCGGAAUUACCUCUGGAUUUUUUAUUUCACACAAAAUCUGACAGUCAGCAUCAUUUACAGCAUAAACAUAUUGAUGAAGAUGAAGAGUUGAAAGCGAUUAGAAUCAAUCUCUUACGUGUACUUACAAACAAAGAGUUCAAUUCACUGGAUUAUUGUGAUAAUAAAUGUGAUGCAACUGUUUCAAUCAACGCAAAUAAUAAUAAUAAUAAUAAUAAUGGUCAGUGUCAGCCCAAUGUAGUGGAGACUUUACAAACUGCUAAUUCUUAUAACCAACACCAGCAUCACCGACACUAUCAUCAACAUAAUCUUGAUGAUUAUCCAUCCUCCACUUGUGAAUUACUAGCAAUGACUGCUGUCAAUCUGGCGAAAUCAUUAGAUCAAAGUCAACAGGAUAUUGACAAUUCUGUUGACUGUUCUAAUAAAUUUGUUCCAUGUAAAAAACGCGCUGGAAGAUUGAGAAAAAAUUGUCCUUCAUUAAGCAUAGAUCCACCGACAAAUACCAAUGUAAAUGGUGAUUUAUCUAUGAAUUUUGGUAUCACUAAUUCAAUGGGUACAAGCUUAGCUACAACUACUACAACUUCAGCUGGAAUUCAUCCAUAUAUAACAGAUGAUAGUGUAACAAAUCGAAAUAUUCAAUCUACUGUUGACAAUAUUGAAAUUGAAUUAUUGCAUAAUUUAAAACCAAUGAUAAAUAAGUUAACAUUGUUAAAAACUGCCCCAUUAGAUGAAGAUCCACCAUGUUGGUUAACUCUAAGACAAUGUAAUCAUCAGUUGUCUAAUAUCAUAUAUCAACAGUCUAGUAACAACACUAUGAAUUCGUUGACUUCUCCUAGUCGAUAUCAUCUUUAUAUGGAUUGUUUUAAACAGACUACACGUAAAUUAUCAUAUACAAGUUUAUCUUUACAAGAUAUUGAAAGGAAUAAAGUUGAUCAGGUGAAAAACAAUCUACAUCUUCUCAAUGGAAAUAAUAAAAAGGAUGAGAAUAGAAAAAACGGAGAACUUGUCUGUGCAAUUUAUCUACCUUGUUGUAUAAUUUAUGCUUUUCUGCUAGACAAUAUGAAUUAG